AUGACCUGGAUCUCAUCCAUCGAAUCUUUCGGUGAUAGAGAACGAUUCACCAUAGAGAGUCUCUUCAAAUCUCACCCAAAUAGCUGUUUAGUCUUGGUCUCAAACUCAUUUGACUGUGACAGAGGAACACUAAUCUUGAAACCCUUUACAGAUAAAGGGCUUAAAGUGCUUCCAAUCAAACCCGAUUACGCUUACAUCUUCAAAGACACAUCCGCAGAGAAAUGGUUUGAGAGAUUGAAGAAAGGAAUGUUCAGUCCAGGAGCGAUUCCAUUAGAGCAAAACCUCUCCAACCUUCUAAGACUAGUCUUGCUCUACAAAUACGGCGGAACCUACUUAGACACAGACGUCAUAAUCCUAAAAUCUCUCACCAAUCUCCACAACGUGAUCGGAGCUCAAACAGUUGAUCCGGUUACAAGAAAAUGGAGCAGGCUCAACAACGCGGUGCUCAUCUUUGACAAGAACCAUCCUUUGCUCAAAAGAUUCAUCGACGAGUUCUCAAGAACCUUCAACGGUAACAAAUGGGGUCAUAACGGUCCUUACUUAGUGUCGAGAGUCAUUGCAAGAAUCAACGUUUCUUCAUCUUCCUCCUCGGAUUUGGGAUUCUCUGUUCUUCCGCCGUCUGCGUUCUAUCCUGUGGAUUGGACUCGAAUCAAAGGAUUUUACAGAGCGUCGGCGAACGAGAGCGAGGCGAGUUGGUCGAGGAAGAGGCUUACGCAUUUACCGAUUCAAGUGGCGUUUGAGGCUGCCUGUGCACAAACGUGCAAGAAAAAGAAGUACACGAGACAUCAUGAUCACAUGAACCCACAAGAAAGUACUUUAAUCUUUUUCUCAUAUACAAACAAGUACACAUUAAGUCAUACAAUAUGA